AUGCCCGGACGAAAGAAUGCCAAACAAUCCAAGGAAGACGAGCUCGCUCCGUCUCAGCAGUCCUCCAGUGGGAGUGACGAUACGAUGAUGAUCGCUUUCGCUCAACAAAUGCAAGUCUCUGCGGAGAAAAAGAGGCAAGCGCAGGAUAAGAAAUUCAUGCAGACUGCUGAGAAGGACUUCGUUGCUCUCCUCUCCGCCCGAACAGGGGAACUCGUCGACUUCAGAGAGGAAGUGCUCCAGCAAAGCGAACGCUUCAGGCUCGAAUUUGCUGAGAAUGAAGAUGCGAUACGGAAGAUCUGGGUAGAGAUAUUGAGGGAGCAGUUGGGGUACACGGAACGUGCAUCUCAGUACCAGUCAGCCACAAUCGCUAUGGGGGGGAAACGGCAAGCCGACAUCUCGAAGAAGUUGAACGAAUACGAACGUGAGGCUGAAGGUGUGCCAACUGCAACAACACUCGAGAGGUGGAGCUGA